AUGGGACAUAUUAAAGAGACAGCAGCUAUUAAUGGAGUCCAUCUUCCGAUUCGACCCAUCCUCCUUGGAGGAUACACCAGAAAGGUCACCUCACCGCCGGAGAAGCAUAUCCCAAGAACCACGUCCAGAUAUCGCAAAGCUUACCAUAUCAAAUCCCUAUGCUUAGCAAUAAUCGAGUAUAUAUUUCUUUAGACAUCAUCAAGCAAAGCGCACGAAUCACACUCUUGUGCUUUCCAAGGAUUUCUGGCUCAAUUCGUUGUCAGACAUAAUCAUCGUUAGCGAUUGGUCUGCAGAUCUUCGAGCGGAAUGA